AUGCAUCCCGCACACAUGUGGGAGGACAAGGCGUACGUUGAUCAGGCGUCAAAGAUGUACGAAGAAUCUGCAAAGCCGCAAACACAUCCCACCUAUUACGGGAUUCCUGAGUAUGGCUCCUCGGUGGAGCACGUUGGCGGGCUAUCCACUGUCGAGACCAUGCAGUCUAGAGCUCUGCGCUCAUUACCGGCCCCUACUUAUCAUCCCCCGGGAUACUCCGGGGUACCUCCGCUCUUGAAGCAGCCCUUUCCUUGGGGGGACGUCAAUGAACGCCUCGUGGCGAUAGAGCUGGGUAUGCACGGGGGAGACGAAGGCUAUGUGGCCUCACUGGUAAACGAAUUCAAACCAUGGUUUCUGGCUCUCCGUAAGAGGUGCCCCGUGAAAGAUCUCACCCGUUUAACCGAGCUCGAUACGCGCCUCAUGGCCAUUGAAGAGUGGCUUGGAAAGUACACAAACCCCGGUGCGUUUGGGUAUUCGGCCCCGCACUACGUGAAAAUGAUGUCCACCUCGGUGAGUAAAUGA